AUGAACCGCAUACUGGAUUCCGCGGAGGAUCCGCGGGAGACUCUUGACUAUUCCUACGAGAAGCAACUGGAAAUGCUGCAGAACGUCAAGCGCGGAGUCGUGGAAAUGGUUACGGCCAAGCGACGCAUCCAGCAGCAGGCUACCAAGGUCAAAGAGAACAUAACGAGGCUGGAACGUCAGGCCAAGCAAGCCCUGGAUGCCGACCGCGAGGAUCUGGCUCGGCUGGCUCUUCAACGAAAGCAGAAUGCGGUGAUGGAAUUGCAGGGGUUGGAUGAACAGAUAGAGGGAAUGGAGCAGGAGCAACAGAAGCUCACCAUAGCGGAGCAGCGCCUGCAGACUAAGGUCGACGCCUUCCGCAACAAGAAGGAAAUUAUCAAGGCUCAGUACACCGCGGCCCAGGCCCAGGUUAGAAUCGGGGCAGCUUUAGGUGGUAUUUCGGAAGAAAUGGGGGACGUCUCGCUGGCGGUGCAACGGGCAGAGAACAAAACGGACCAGAUGCGGGCGAAGGCCGGUGCCAUUGACGAGUUGGUAGCCACCGGUGUUCUGGAUGAUUUUUCAGGCCCCCAGGAUGAUAUCGAAAGGGAGCUAUCGCAAAUUUCCAUCUCGCAGAGCGUCGAAGAUGAAUUGGCGGCCCUCAAGGGGACUAGCCCCGCAAGCCAGACCAGGGCGCUGCCAUCAUCGAGCGAUUCUGCCGUAGAUGCCGAAUUGGACUCCCUAAGGAACCAGGGAUCUAGCUAG